AUGGCUUUUACAAUUCAUCAAUGGGAAAACACCCCAACAGUGUCAAUGCAAUUGCAUUAUGCAGAGGAGACCUCUCACAGGACCUUUGGCAGGCUUGUCUCAACUUGUCUAUUGGUAGGGUCCUGCAAACUUGUUCAACUCAAAGGAAGCAAUCUUUUGGGCAGAGCGUUGUCUGGUGAGAUACCACACAACUUGAUAUAUGGUAUUGAGAAACAGUACCCUGUUAGGUAUGUGCCUGGAGCAGAGUUUCUCAAUAAUCCUCAACCGUUUCAGCCGGUACUCGACUACUUGUUGCGUAAUUGCACUCCAGACAUAGACGAGCAAAAUUGCAACAAUUGCCAUAAAGAGUCCGUCUCAGAAAUUCAAACCUGUUGCGGUGGAAAGCAAGGAGGAAGAGUUCUUAAACCCAGCUGCAAUUUAAGCCAAUCGUUAGUAGAUAUUCCAGCUCCAGUUCCGGCAGCACCAGCACCUGAAGAAGCAAAAAAGAAGAGUAACACAAAACAAACUGUCAUCAUCAUCGUUGUGGUUUUGGUUGUUUUUGUCUAUUUUCAGCAGCAUAUGCUUUUUCUUCAGAGUAAAGAAACGAAGGCCUGGAGAAAUUGGAGGGAGGAUACAGUUGAAAACAUCAUAGAUCCGGUGUUGACGAGAAGUUCAUGGAAUCGAAGUGAUGAGAUCCAUCCACAUAAGUUUACUAUGUGUGCAGAAAAUGUGGUGGACUGA